AUGGAAUCUCAAACAUCCUUUACCACCGUUUAUGUGUCUGUAUUUGAUGGACUAAACUAUCAAAUGUGGGUUGUCAAAAUGAAAGCAUAUCUAGAUGCUAACGAUGUGUGGGAAACGGUAAAAGAGCACUACGAAGUGUCUCCCUUGCCAAAUAAUCCUACGGUCGCUCAAAUGAAAAAUCACAAAGAAAAGAGGCUUCGAAAAUCCAAAGUCAAAUCAAUUUUGUUCACAGCCGUAUCUCCAAUCAUUUUCAACAAAAUAAUAACGUUAAAAACGACAUAUGAAAUCUGGAAGUUUUUGAAGGAAGAGUAUGAAGGUAAUGAGAGAAUCAAAGGAAUGCAAGCUUUGAAUCUGGUUCGAGAACUUGAGAUGCAAAAGAUGAAAGAUUCGGAGACAAUAAAAGAUUAUGUGGACAAGCUUCUCGGCAUUGCAAACAAAAUACGUCUUCUUGGCAUUGAGAUUCGUGAUUCUCAAAUUAUUCAAAAAAUACUUGUAACAAUUCCAGAAAGAUAUGAAGCCACAUUGAGUUCCUUGGAGAACUCAAAAGAUCUUUUUACUAUUACCUUGGCAGAACUUUUGAUCGCACUUCAGGCUCCAGAACAAAGAAGACUCAUGAGAGAAGAAUAUCAUAUUGAAGGGGCUUUGACAACUAAAUUUCUGAAAAAAAAAAGGGUAAGUUAG